AUGAGAUAACAAUAAUCAAAUAAAUCCUUUAAUAUCUCAAAUGCUUCAUUUUACAUUUCAAUAGCCUUCAUGAUUGUUUUUGAAUCUUAUUCUCUCUAUCGAUUUUCAGUCAUAUGUAAAUCAAAUAAGGUAGAGGGCAUUGAACAAGGUUUUUUUAUUUUAAAUUAUUUAGGUUAUUUUGGAUUCUUAAGAGAUCAUUCAGAUCAUUAAUGGGGAUAGUUUGCAGGCCAUUUAAAUGAAUUAAUGGCUUUUCAACUAAUUUUCUUAAUUGGCUCAUAUACUGUUAAAUAUUAUAGUAAAUUAGAAAGCAAAUAAAGAAACUUACAAUAUUAUAAUAUUUUUCUAGGAAUGAGCUACGCUUUCUAUUUACAUAAUAUAGGAAUGAUCUUUUAAUUGUUGAUUAUCAUUGGGUAUUAUUUAUUCUAAAAAGUAAAAAAAUAGUUAACUUAAUACUAGAUAUUUUUCAAAAUGAAAUAUUUCAUCCCCCUUUUGUGGACUCUAGCAUUAGUGACUCUAUGGUCUAAUGAGACAUUCUAAGGAUACUCAUUUACUGCGAUAUCACCAUCAUUAAAAUUCUUAGAAGACUUCAAACACAAUAAUGAAUUAGUAAGAUGGAACCUAGUAUUUAACAUGAUUUUACUAAGAAUUAUUAGUUUUUCUGUAGAUAAGGUUUGGGCUUCUUAAUAGGAUGCCAAAUACAAGUAAACUUUUGCUAAUUCAAAAAGAUAUGAUUUAAUACACGAGAAGCAAAUACUUAAAACAUAUAGAGAGAGAGUACAAGAACCACAAUCAUUAGAGGAAUACAACUUUUUGGGUUAUCUUAGCUUUUUAUUUUAUGUUCCUCUUCUUUUUUCAGGACCAUCUAUGGGUUAUAAUGCAUUCAAUUCUUAACUGAAAAUACCCUAAUAACAAAUGAAUAGAGCAUAAGUCUUAAAAUAUAUCUUAAGAGUCUAUUUUGUUGAUUUUUUGACUUUCGAAAUUUUUCUUCACAUAUGCUACCCUAACGCUAUUCCUAAAAUUGCAAGUAAUUUUAAAAUUCUGAAAACCUUUUCUGUUUUUGAAUUUCAUAUUAUGGGUUUCACAAAUCUAAUCUUUUUAUGGUACAAAUUUCUGACAAUAUGGAGAAUUGCAAGAGGAUGGGCAUUAUUGGAUGGUAUUUAAUAUUCUAUUUUAGGAAUUGAGACACCUGAAAAUAUGAAUAGAUGCAUCUAUAAUAAUUAUAAUUUUAGUGGAUUUUGGAGAUCAUGGCAUAGAAGUUUUAACUAAUGGUUGAUUAGGUAUAUUUAUGUUCCAUUGGGUGGAUCUAAAUAUAAAUCUUUGAAUAUGUGGGCUGUCUUUACUUUUGUAGCUUUAUGGCAUGAUUUUAAAUUAGAUCUUUUACUUUGGGCUUGGAUAAUAUGUUUAGCACUAAUUCCAGAAAUAGCUUUACAAAAAUAUUUCGACAAAGAAUUCUUCUAUAAAAAACCAUGGUUUAUAUGGUUAUGUAGAUUAGGAGGAGGAUUUUAAAUUGAAAUGAUGUGUUUAGCUAAUCUUAUUGGAUUUGGUAAUGGACAUGAAGGUAUGAAUUUUGUCCUCGAGUAAUAUAUGAGUUGGCAAGGUUUAUUGUGCUUCUUAUUCUAUUGUGUUAUUAGAAAUGGAUUUGCAACAACUAUUCAAUUUAGAAUAAGGGAUGAUGAAAAAGCAGAGUCAAAUGAAAAAAACUUUUGA